AUGUCAAACUAUUCUUCACUAUCUCAAAUACUUUUGCCAUUCUGGGUACAAACUAAAUUUGAGGAAAAAUCCCUACUUUUCAGUUCAAUGUCAAAUUCAAAAAGAUAUAUGGCCGACAUUACGUUAUAUUGUUACUUUCUAGGUACUCUUAUUAAUAGUGCCAUUCCGGUUGACAUUGGUGAAAUGACCUGCGUUGAAGGAGUUGAUGUCCCUAUUGAAAAGUUCUCCUUUGGACAUCUCAAGAAACAAAUAUUGCCCAACAACAAUGAAGCUAAUAAACUGAAGCUAUGGAAGUUUGAAACCCCUUUCAAAAAAGAUAAUGAGAAGUUAAAACUACUUAACGAGAAUUUUUAUAAUGAUACUGACCUUGAACAAGAACUUGGUGAAGAUUUGAGUCCAGGUGAAUUGAUUAGAAUGAUUUUUCCAGUUGGUUAUAUAUUUUCACCUAAUCACAUUCAUAUCAUUGUACAACCACCAUCUUCACCCACUAUCACUGGGCCAGAUGAGAAGAAAAUUCUAAAUUUUAUCAAACAAUUAUCAGAUAUCGACACGAGUCAAAAUGUAUUCAUAGUGCCCAAAUUGCCAGGAAUUGAAAAGGAUACAAUAAUAUAUAAUCGAAAGUGUUAUUCUUAUUUACGUGAUUUCAUAUUAAAGGAUAAAAGAUAUAAGCGAUAUUGCAUUAUCAGAAACCCAGGAAUUGGAAAAACGUAUUUCAGAUGGCUGAUGUUGGUGGAACUUCUUAAGCAAAAUAAAUCUAUCGUAAUCGAUUAUAAAGGUUUCACAGCAUUUAUUAACCCUAAAAAUCAUUCAGUACAGAUGAUCACAAAUGAAUAUGAAUACAGACGAUUUGCAGAACAAGAAAACGUUGUUUGUAUAAUUGAUGGAGUACCACCCAAGAUAAACCACGAUUUUACUGGGCCAAAGUUGAUUAUGAUAUCUUCGCCCAAGAAAGAAUUAAUCAAAAAUUUUACUAAGGCACAGAGGACAAAGACACUAUAUAUGCCUACAUGGAAAUGGAGCGAGAUUCUUAGUUACUAUAAUUACAUAUAUAAUAAAAAUGCUGACUUUACUCAACAAUUAUUGAAGGAAAAAUUCACACUAUGCAGUAGGAAUGCAAGGGUAAUCUUUAACCCUGAAACUUCAUUAGAAUCAAUUAAAGCGGAUAUUGAUAUAGCAAUGACAUUAGUUAGUGGAAAAGUUCUUGAAUAUCAAGGUGAGCCUUUCAUUGGUGAUGAACUGACUCACAGAUUGGCCCAUAUAUAUACCAAUGAUGAUGAAACAAUAACAGAUAAUCUGUAUACUAAAUCCAUUUGUUAUUUUGCUUCUAAAUAUAUUGCAAACUUAGUUUUUAAUAAACUAAAUGAAAAAGAAACCAAGAUGUUGAUAAAGUUUGUUGAGAGUGCAAAGGAUAUAAAAGAGUUAAAAGGGUUUCUUGGACAAAUUUUUGAGAUGAUUACACAUUUAAUUUUUCAUAAAGGAGUGAAUUUUACGAUAUGUAGGCUUGAUCAAUUUGAUCAACCAUCACAUAAUGAUGUUCGUAACUUUGGAACUUUAGAAGAAAAAGUUUAUAAUAAAGUUGAAGAAAUUAAUGAAAAAGAAAAGUAUUACCGACCAAGUGCUAAAAAUGCUGAAAGUAUCAAUAGCUAA